UUUUCCGCAGCGGGCAAAAACAAACAUGCAGAUGUUUGGCGGGUGAUUUUACUGCUCAAUUCUACAACAAUAAACCUACAUUUCCAUGAAAACCAACUGCGUGUAAUAUCUACGGAUUAUCUAAUAAAUGCUUUGCACAAUGAAAUUAAGUUAUAAAUAAAGAGGGAUUUCAUCGCAUUUUUCUUUAUAAUGGCAGGAAGGGGCAGAGGGCAGCUCACUUUCUCCGUGGAGAUCGUUGGAAUCGGCAAAGGAGAAAAUCUCCCUCCAUCCUCCGUCCAGCCGACCCCUCUAUUCCCUCCUUUGGAUCAGAAGCCGGUGCCCCUGCAGACGGGUGAGGAGGCUGAGUACAUGCUGGCUCUCAAACAAGAGUUCAGAGGAGCCAUGAAGACGCUCCCCUUUUACAUCCGUCCAGCUGCGCCCAAGAAAGAUGUGGAGCGUUACUCUGACAAAUACCAGAAAAUUGAAACCUCUGACCACAGUUUGGAAUGGAAGCCAGAUUGGAGGCGUUUUCCGAAGGAGCUGCGCGUGAGAGAGAAGAGACCCCUGAGAGACAAGAGCCCAGCUGUUCCCAAACAACCCAAACAGCCACGCGUGGACAAAGAAGAGAUCAUACGCAAACUGGAGACUCUGGAGCAGAAAGAGGAAGACGGGAGUUCUGAUGAAGAGGAGGGAGAGAAAAAGAAGCCACAAGAGGAAGAGGCUGAAGGAGAGGAAGAGUAUGAUGAAGAGGAAUUUGAGGAUGAAACAGAUUACAUCAUGUCCUACUUUGACAAUGGGGAGGAGUUUGGAGGAGACAGUGAUGAGAACGUGGAUGAAGCGAUUUACUGAAGCAGGUGACCGAGGCUCCAUAGCGCCCUCCUCUGGCCAGUGAGUGUCGCUGGAACUGCUCUGUCCCUCAGGAUCAUUAUGUUUGGCAGCUGAUGUUGAAAUCUGUAUGCAGUGGAUUUCCUCUCAUCCCAUCGGUUGGCAGGGUGGCUGAUUGCUGACAAGGAUCGUUUGAAUCCGUGGGUAACGUCUGGAGGACACAGAGAAGACACUGAGGCACAAACUUCUCUCUUAAUGCAGCUAUUGGUUCUUAGAGCUUUGUAAAUAAUUAUUAGUUCACAACUGAAAUAAUAUUUUAGAAUCGUAUUUUCAAACAUGUUUUAGUAUAGACAGUUGUAUUUGUCUAAAUAGCUUUUAUACAUUUUAGAUUUGUGAAAAAGACCAGUAAAUGUAGAUUGCUUAUUUUGGAUGAUAAUCGCAUAAUAUUUUGUAAAGUCUCAAGUCAUGUGGUUGUAAAUAGUAUUCAUGUUAUUGUCAUGUGGUUGUAAAUAGGGAUGCACGAUAUUGGAUUUUGGCCGAUAUUCGAUAUGCCGAUAUUUUCUAAAUAAUUUUGGCCGAUGCCGAUACCGAUAUCGAUAUAUAUACAAAUAUAUACUGAUAUAUUUACAAAUAUAUACUGAUAUAUUUAAACUUUAAUUUUACUGAAGAGAAAUCCAUGUAUCUCUUCUGUACUGAUUCUACCAUAAAUUUAUUAUUUUACAAAUGUAGACAGACAUUCACAUCUGAAAAACAGGUCAAUUAUUUCACUUGGAGAAUAUCGGUUUGGCUCAUCGGCAGAAAUAUUCAUAUCGGCCGAUACCGAUAAUGGUCAUUUUAAGCUUUUAUCGGCCGAUACCGAUGUUGUGCCGAUAUUAUCGUGCAUCCCUAGUUGUAAAUAGUAUUCAUGUUAUUGCCAUAUUAUGUAAUGAAGUCACACUGUCAAGACUUUUUCUGAUAGAUGGAUGAGCAGUUCUGUCAUGUGGCCUGUAGGAGGUGUGAUACUUCUUUAAAGUACAUGUGGCACAAUAAUUUCGUUUGUGUGUGUGUGUGUGUGUGUGUGUGUGUGUCUUUUAAAGUAUAACAGUAAAUGUCCUUGGUUAAGUUGAA